AACAUUUAUUAUCUCCCAACAUAUAUAUUAUACACCUUCUCUCAUAAUCUUAACUACUUGAUGGCUUUCACAAACCAACAUUUCCAAUUCUUAUGCUUAACCUUAGUCCUUAUAUCGGGGCUUUGGGCCACCCAAUCUUUGGCUCGUCCUCUCGACCAUCACAAAGCCUCGUCUCUACGAGAGAGACACGAGCUUUGGAUGGCACGACAUGGGCGAGUCUACAAGGAUGAGAUAGAGAAGGAGAAUCGUUUUAACAUAUUCAAAAAGAAUGUUGAGCUUAUAGAAAAUUUCAAUGCUAAUGCAUCUUCAAAUAAACUAUACACAUUAGGUACUAAUGCGUUCACUGAUAUAACCACUAAGGAGUUUGUAGCUACUCACACUGGUUAUAAAAAGCGAUCUGAUUCCACAUUUGGUGGUCCGGUGACAACGAGGUUUAGGUUCGAAAACCUUACUGACGCUGACAUCACGCCUUCAAUGGAUUGGAGAGAAUAUGGAGCUGUCACAGGGAUAAAAUACCAAGGGCAAUGUGGGUGUUGUUGGGCAUUCUCAGUAGUUGCAGCAGUAGAAGGGCUAAACCUAAUAAAAACAAGACAGUUAAUCUCACUUUCAGAGGAGCAACUUGUUGAUUGUGUGCAAGGUAACAAUGGUUGUGAAGGCGGUGAGAUGAAAACAGCUUUCGAAUACAUUGAAAAUAACCAAGGUAUAUCAACAGAAGACGAUUACCCAUACACUGCAUCCAAUGGUAUGCCGAGUCAAUGCCUAGUCAAAUCAAGUAUGGUGACAAUAAACGGCUAUGAAUCAAUUCCACCAAAUGACGAGGGUGCCCUAAUGAAAGCCGUUUCCCAGCAGCCUGUCUCGGUUGGUAUCGAUGGUAGCGGGGAUGAGUUCAUGUACUACAAAAGUGGAGUCUUCCAAGGAGAGUGUGGCAAUGACAUUACUCAUGCUGUUACUGCUAUCGGGUAUGGCACAGAUACUAAUGGGAUCGAUUAUUGGUUGUUGAAGAACUCGUGGGGCGAAAGUUGGGGCGAAAAUGGCUAUAUGAGGAUUAUUCGAGGACAGAAUAAAUGUGGUCUCACAUUGGACGCUUCUUAUCCUGUUUGAUUUACGUCAAAAGGAUGGUCUUGAGAUUGCUUGAGCUUCGAUCGGUUGCCUAGCUACGGAGUAUUAUAUUAUGAUUGAAUGAGUUUAUGUUUUAAACUUUUGUUAGGUUAUUAUAUUACUUCAAAAGUCCUACUUCGGACAUACAUUUAUAUUAUAUUUUCUUCAAGUAGUUAACCAUGCAAUGUAUGCAUGGAUUGUUUGUGAGUUAAAAUUAUGUAUUUGGUUGAUUUCUAUAAAGAUUGAAUACAAGCAAAAACAGUAUU